AUGAUUGAGCGCAUGCAUCGAACUUUGAAAACUGCUAUUAAAUGCCACACAGACAGCAAUUGGACUGAAAUCUUACCUAUCGUACUUCUCGGACUUCGAACAACUUUCAAAGAAGACCUGAAAGCAACACCUGCUGAAAUGGUUUAUGGCGAAACACUCGCAUUACCAGGAGAAUUCUUCAAUAAUCCGACAGAUGAAUACAUUGAAAGCGACUUUGUUCAGAAUCUCCGAAAAGCAAUUCAAAAUAUUAAACCUGUUCCAGCUUCUAGUCAUUCUUCGAAAAACUCCUUCAUUCAACAUGAUCUCAAAUCUUGUACCCAUGUUUUUGUUAGAGAUGAUACAGUCAAACCACCUUUAAAGACACCUUACGAUGGUCCUUUCAGAGUCAUAAAUCGCAAUGAUAAAAAUUUUGAUGUUGAAAUGGGCAAGAGGGUGGUGAAAAUCAGCAUAGAUAGACUAAAGGCAGCUCACUUAUCCAAACAAGACGAACAAGCUAUACCAAAGUUAUCUUCAUCAUCAAAAGUUAAUUUUCCUCAACAAAAAUCUUCGAUCAUGCAAAAAGACACUAAGUCAUCAGUCGGAGGUCAAAAUCAAAACCCAUGCACAAGUCGUAUCGGAAGACAUGUGCAUUUUCCAAAAAAAUACACCGACUUCAUCUAA